GCGGCAGUAAUGACAGUAACUGGUAAUUUUCAUUACAACCUAUCAAAUGUCCUCCGUGCAUGCGUACUGGUCCAGAAUGUUAACUUCAACCUCAAUCCAUCCACCGAGGCCGCCUUCCACUUCUUUUGUCAUGGUGAUACUCUUGGGAUUUUUAGCUCUACCUAAAACUGAGGCAACGUCUCAGAGUCAGCAACCGAAAUCAAGGCAAAAGAGGAUACUUUGGAUAACAGAAGAUGGAAGACUAGCGUUACCGCCUGGUACUUCUUUAGUCAUAGCACCGUCUUUGUCGAUGCCUUUAGUCAGACAUCCUCCAGAUGGAUUUUUUUCGAAUUUAACUAUUAGUUUACCUUUCACAAUCGAUUUUGACAAAUUGGGUCUGACCGACAACGAAAACCCUUACGGAGUCCUGCCUCCAUUACUAGCGAGAUCAAUGGGCCGAGCUGCCGGAGGCUUCUUAGCAGAUUACAUAGGAAGCAUACUGGACAAAAGAAGAGGCAAGCGUUCAAUAGCCGACAUCCCUGCUCCUAGCAAAACAGGCCAUCUACAAGGAGGCGAAAGAGCUCUACUCUAUCUUGCUGUAGAGGAAUUAUUGGAAAAUUUUGGCAUGGACGGAAGGGCUUGCUUGUUGAGGGCUAUAUGUGAAGUGCACGCGCAUCCGAUGAAGGGCUUUGGAUUGUUGGGCGAGAUGCUUAAGUUGUUUUUCAGUGCUAGCAAGUCUCCCUUUGCUCACUUAAUGAAAGAGUAUGUUGAAGCAGAAAAUGCUGGAGCAGGAGUUGAAGGAGGUCCUGCUGAAUGUUGGCCAUAUAUGAAAGAUUGUCCUAAGUCAAUAUUUAUGACAAAACAUAAUCAUUAUAGUCCUGACAUAGAAGAAAACGAAAUCCAUGAUGAAAACUCUUCAAAAGUUACUUAUGAUCCCACCGUAGGAAAUAUGUAAAAUUGUCAAAAGUCAUAGGCAAGUGAUACCAAAAAAACCUGAUGUGAUUUAAACUAAGUCAGCGAUAAGUCAUUCAAUAAAAGAAACAUUAAUACUUCUGAAAAAAUCGCUAUUUAGUUAAGGAGUGCAAAUGAAUUUUAACUAAAGGGCGAUGUAGAAAACUCCGGGGAAGUAUUGGGAAACAGAAAUUGUGCAAAGCGAAUCUUUCAUCCAAAAAUUGUUCUAUUUAGGUAAAAUAAUUUCAAAAAGUUUGUUACAACCUCUCCAAAAAACUAGGACAUAAUGUGAGCAAUUUGUUCAUAAUAUGAGGUUGGAACAGACCCCAAAUUCCUCAAUAGUUAUUGUCAAAUGAAUCGCUUUGCACAUGUCAUAGUGAAUUAUUUAAAAAAAAAAAAUUGCUCAAUAAUAAUUAUUGUAAAUAGUAUUUUAUUAAUUAUUAUAUUUUGGCAUUGUUACAUAAACAGACAUUGUUGUAAUAUAGGGUUUUAUUUAUUUAUUUUAUCUCAUUAGUCUAGCCAGUAAUGAGUUUUCAAAAUACUCAAGAGACACUGUGAACUUUAUACAUGGUAAUUAUAAGAGUGCAGUAAAUAGAACAUUAUCUAAUUAUGUAUUUAUUUUCUCAAUGUGUCAUACUUAAUAAUGAUAUUAAUAGAGGAUGUUUUUAAAGCAAUUUUUAUAUUAUCUUCUGCUUAGGUUUGUGUAUAUCAAUUAAAACAUAUUUAUUUAUUUAGAAUUUAUCAGAAAUUAAUAUUUGUGGACGGAUGUAGUCAAUUUGAAGCAAUAAAUGAAUGUAGUUUUGGAUUUAUUUUCAUUAAAAAUUACCAUGCAAGUUUCUGGUCUUCUUACAAAAACUAAACUGAAAGAUCCUGGAUAGAUCUACGACAGUUGUAUAGUCGAGAUAAUUUAUAGAAGGUAUACGAAAAAGAUUGGUCAGAUCUAAAAUUAUCAACUUUGUUGACAAUAUUUGAAAAAUCAUAGGAAACUAUCAAACUAUUUUGAACAAUUUAAUAAGACCUUUCCAGACAAAAAUGUCCAAGGCCUGACUGCCAUAGAGCUAUCCAAUUCCAAAUGUAUAAAUCUAAUGGCAAGUUAUAGGAUUUUCUUAUUUUUAUGAAGCAUCAAAUUUCAAAUUUUUAGGCCUGCCAAAACAAAAUUGCAACAUUUUUUUGGUGAGCAAAAUAGCCCAGAUCUUUUGGUUUUUGACCUGGAAUUAAUUAUUGUACAGCUAAAAAUCAGACUAGUAAUUACUUUUUUGCAAACUUUCAGCUUCACAAUAAAUAGUGUCAGGUAGAAACAAUUUAUGUAUAUUGACUCCUGGACUAAUAAAGGCAGUAAUAGAAAGGAGAGAUUCAAUACAAGGGACAGAAAUCCUUUAAAUAUUUUUUCCAUAAUCGUGCGAAAAGUAAUCACUUUGCUUGUGUAAUAACAUUUAAAUUUAACUAGGUAUUAUAUUCUAGUGUUAAAAAGUAUCUAUUACAAAUUAUAUUUUUAUUUAUGAAGUGACCCUUAUUCCAAAGUUUAGUAAAACAUUGAUUGCGGAAAUAUGCUUUCAACUCUAGUAUCAAAUGGAAGUCCAUUCUUUAAUGCAUAUAUGCCUAGAAUUUAAAUAGCUAUUCAAGUUUUGAAUACAAAUUAACACUCAACUAAUAGUCGCAAUUAAAUACAAAAAUGUAUUUGACCACAAUAAUUUUAAUUUUCACAAUCUUGUGGUACUUACAUACAAGUCAAUAAGUGUAUCUUUUCGCACAAGUAUAUAAAAAUAACUAUACUUAAUUAUAACAGAACUAUUCCUAAAACCUUUGGUUACAUACAAAAAAACAAUUAAAAUACAAAAAUAUCACUAGGUAAUUCAACAAACAUAAUUUGUAAAAAGUAAAUGAGUAAUUUUAGACGUACAUACAUACAGUCAAAAACCUACAAUGCUAAAAAGAUUCGAAAAAAUCACAAUAAACCUAUAAAAAAAAUAAAAUAUUGCUUAUAGAUGAGUAUCAAUGUUAAAUAUGUAUGAAGAGAAAGUGCUGCUCCUAGAAAUUAUGUGAGAAAUAAUGGCAAUAAACAAAAUACCUUGCUCAUAGGAGGUACCUAUUUGAAAAUUUUGAGAAAAAUUAAAAGUGAAUCAAAAUAAUACUUCUGAAAACUUACUUAACAAUUCCAUAGAUACCCAAUUUUCACUUAAACUGAAACUUUCAUGGAGCAGCUAAUCGAUUAAUGUUAAUAUAUACCUACACAAAUAAAAUAAAUAUUUUGUACCGGACUAAACAAAUUAAAAAUAAUAUAUUAUUACCUAAUAUAAUUUGUUAAUUUCAAGAUCACUUAGGUUGAAAGAUAAAUAAUAAAUAAGUUUAAAGCUUACCUAAAACCGGGUUACUUUUAUAAGGCACUUUUGACACAAUGAUAUGUAUGAAACCAUACAUAAUAUUUUUCUUAAAAAAUACUUUUCGUGCAACUGCUACAUUUUGCAACUGAACGGCUCUCUCCUAAUCGAACAGUAUCUUCGUCGUCUUGUCCUAGCAUACCAUUAUCUUGACGCCUCUAAAAAAUUGAUAAAAUCGUCAUUGGUUCUACUGGUAUAAAUUUAACAGAAAAUGCUGUCUGUUCAUACCUUUAACUCUGUGGCCAAACACAUAAACGCUUCUUCAACAUUCGAAUUAUCUUUGGCACUGGCUUCGAGCACAAAUAAUACUUCGGGCAUGUAUUGACUAAGAGCUUCAGCCUCCUCGAACUCCACCUCUCUGCAACUCUCUAAAUCUGCCUUGUUACCGACAAGUGCCAGUAAAACUGAGUUUCCUGAGUAUCGACGUACCUCUUCUACCC